UGCCAACUCACUGACUCUAUUUUUAGCUGCUUUUGUAGCAACCCAUCUGGCAGCCCCACUUAUCGAUAAGUUGGAGAUGGCACUUUAUCCGCAAGUCAUUUCAGCGUCAAGUCAUCCGGCAUUUGUUUGCGAUUUUUUGAGGGAAAUUAAGGAAAAGCCAGCAUGUUUCUCACCCGAUCCGAGUACGACAGAGGCGUGAACACCUUCUCGCCGGAGGGCCGCCUCUUCCAGGUGGAAUACGCCAUUGAGGCCAUAAAAUUGGGCUCCACAGCGAUUGGAAUUUGCACGCCAGAGGGCGUGGUACUGGCCGUGGAGAAGCGCAUCACAUCCCCGCUGAUGGUCUCCAGCACGGUGGAGAAGAUCGUGGAGGUGGACAAGCACAUUGGAUGCGCCACCUCCGGCCUGAUGGCCGAUGCCAGGACCCUGAUCGAGAGGGCCCGCGUGGAGUGCCAGAACCACUGGUUCGUCUACAACGAGCGCAUGUCCAUCGAGUCCUGUGCCCAGGCCGUGUCCACCCUGGCCAUCCAGUUCGGCGACAGUGGCGACAGCGACGGCGCCUCCGCCAUGAGCCGUCCCUUCGGCGUGGCCAUCCUGUUCGCCGGCAUCGAGGCUGGCAAGCCGCAGCUCUGGCACAUGGACCCCUCCGGCACCUUUGUGCGCCACGAGGCCAAGGCCAUUGGGUCGGGCAGCGAGGGCGCCCAGCAGAACCUGCAGGACAACUUCACCAACCAGAUGACCCUCAACGAAGCCAUCGACCUCUCGCUGAACACCCUGAAGCAGGUCAUGGAGGAGAAGCUGAACUCCACCAACGUGGAGGUCAUGACCAUGACCAAGGAGAAGGAGUUCUACAUGUUCACCAAGCAGGAGGUGGAGCAGCACAUCGCCAACAUUGCGUAAGCGUCCGCGGAUUUAAUUGGUUUAACUUCAAAUGUAAUGUGAAUAAAUGGAUUCUAAAUCGA